UAUCUGGAUCAAAGCCAGCAUGUCAGCAUCGAGCAAAGAACGAAAAUUCUACCUCCGAGCACCAGGCCUCGAGUACCGUCUCAAUGGGCCAAUCCAAAUCGGGAACGUCAUUACAGACAUGACACGCCCGCAAGAUCCUAUCACGUUUCUCGAUCCUUUACCCGAAACCAUAUCAGGCGCAGGGUUCGGCGAGGGCUCAACGGAGCAAGGCCACCAUGCUUCUGGAAACAUAGGCUUUGCCGCAAAACUGCACAGCAUCUUCUCGGCGCAGGUCGAGGGCAAAAGCAACAGCUCCGACAAGACAGUGUACGGGUUCCAAAAGAUCCUGGCGCGGUACUUGCAGAGAAACCCAUCAGUCGCGGAUGUAAAGCGGUUCUGGGAGAAAGACGAGGAGUUUCGAAAUGCGCUAAAGAGUGGUGAUGUUUACAUAGUUACCGGCUUGAAGAUUGCAAAGGGGCUCAAGUAUUCAAAGCAGCGAGCGAGCGAACACAAUGCAUCCAUCAAGGGGGGUGGCCAUGUCGCCGAAGGCGCUGUCAUCGAGGGCACCAUAGAGGGCGCAACUGGAGGCGAACAGUCAGACACAUGGACUGUCCUAGGUGAUGUCAUUCUCGCAUAUAGAUUGCACCGCGUCAGAAACAAGUGGUCCAUCAGGCGCAAAAACAAUCUGGCAACAGAGUCCUAUGACCCUGGCGAAGCCGGAUUCAUGAAUAGAGGAGACGAAGCAGACGAGUUGGAAGGCGAGUUUGCUGAGGUCGCGCCGCAUGAUGUGGAUGAGUUUGCCCAGGAGCAGUAUUGGGAGCUGGACUACAUGGAGCUGGAGGAUGAAGAAGAAGAUUGGAAGAUUGCUGUCUUGAAAGAGUGAUACGGGGGGUUGGUUGCAGUUUCCGCAUCUUCAGGGCAGAUUUGUGAGAAAGUCUGAAGACGAUGUGUUGUAUUGAAGCUCUGCGCAGGAGCAGCUAUAUACGCUAUAGAGCUAGCACUAUUUGGGUGAAAACUAUCCAGGCACUGAAGGUGCAUUCUUAAUACAUACAGACCG